AUGCUGCGAUCUGUGCCGACCGGAACAUGGAUGCCCGCCUGGGUGCCGGAGUCGACUGCACUCCUGUCAGUUCUUCUACUACUGUGCUCCAUUGUUCAGUCGACAACGGGAGGCUAUGACGGGUCCAUGCUCAACGGACUGAAUAUCCUUCCCUCGUACACAGACUACUUCCGCCUCACGCCAGCUACCAAAGGCCUGAAUACAGCGUCUACAUUUAUCGGCGGCUUUUUUGGACCGAUUUUCGCUGGAGUUAUUGCCGAUCGUCUCGGGCGUCGACCGGCUAUUUUCUGGGGAACAGUGGUGACGCUGAUUGGCAUUAUUCUGCAGGGCUCAGCUCAGAACACUGCCAUGUUUGUCAUUGCUCGCAUCAUUCUGGGCGCAGGAAGCCAAAUUUCUGGCAUUGCAGGAAUUGUGUACUUGAGCGAAACCUUUCCAAGUCGCUGGAGGACAUGGGGUCUUGGCCUCCUUAACAAUUGUUACUACAUUGGUGCACUGAUUGCAGCGGGAAUUACUCUUGGAACCAGCAAGUGGGAGUCCACCUGGGCAUGGCGAGCUCCUUCUUUCUUCCAGGCUAUUUUCUCCGUCAUUUGCUUGCUCUUCCUGCCAUUCAUUCCGGAAUCGCCUCGCUGGCUUGUUGCCCAGGAUCGUUACGAGGAUGCUCGCAUGGUUGUUGCGCUGAGCAAUGCAAAUGGUGACAUGCAGGAUCCCGUGGCGAUGGCAGUGUACAAGCAAAUUGUCGAUACGCUCCAGUGGGAAAAGAAGGAAGGUCGCACGAUGAGCCCCAAAGAAAUCUUCAAGACACCGACCGCGCGAAAGCGUGUAUUGAUAGGAGGAUCCGCUGGACCAUUCUCUUGUAUCGCUGGCAACAUCAUCGCAAGCUACUAUUUAGGUGAUGAGCUGAAGACGGCAGGUAUUAACAGUGCAGAUGACCAACUGAAGGCAAAUGUCGUACUAAAUAUCUGGUGCCUCUUCUGUUGCUUGCUGGGCACCCAGUUGGCCGAUGUCUGGGGUCGCAAACCGACGGCGCUGCUCUCCCAAUCUUUACUCAUCGUCUGCCUAUUCGUAAUAGGAGGCCUAUCCAAAACCUACGCCGAUGACAAGCUCGGUGCAUCGCAAGGGCUUGUUUAUGGCGACGUCGCCGUCAUGUUCCUUUUCCAGGGCUUCUACUCAAUUGCCUGGACGCCACUUCUCACCCUCUACCCACCCGAGGUCAUGGACUACCCGAUCCGAGCGAACGGAAAUGCAUUUUCGAGCUUUGCUUUGAAUGGACUGGCACUUUUGCUUGUCUUCGUGAUGCCUAUUGGCCUGGACAACAUUGGAUGGAAAAUGUACAUGAUCAAUGGAUCGUGGGACAUCAUAACACUCAUCUUAAUCGCUGUAUUUUGGGUCGAGACCAAAGGGAAAACGUUGGAGGAGAUUGACGCACUCUUUGAGGGCGGCGCACAUUCAACUGUCCGGAAUGUCGAAGACGUUCGCAAGGGACGAGAGAUUUUGGACCUCAAGACGAUCGAAAAUGAUUUGCACGAAGAAGUUGGGUUGAAGAACAGAUUUGAUUAG